GUCAAUUUUGUCAAAACAUCGUUACGUUUAGUUUAUCUACAAAGUAGUUGUGUUUCGUUAAAUAAGACUAUUUUCUAAAUAUUGUAUUUGUAAUUAAACCGUAAUGCCAGAAGUGGACAACAGCGAAACGCGCUCCCCUCGUCGCAAGCGCCGCAGGUCCAAGUCCGGCGAGCGCAAGGAAGAGAAAUCGUCCAAAAGGAAAUCAUCGAGGAAACGUUCAUCGGACGACGAUUACAAUGAGCGAGAUUAUCCGCGCUAUUACGGCGAAGAUCGGCCGAACAGCGACAGCUACUGGAACAAGUACCCCAGAAGAGACAACAUGAAAGUGGGGCGUAGGUAUUACGAUCACCCAGAUCACGAGAAGAAUAGGGAUAGGGAUGCUUCGAACGAGAAGAGCAGAGAUAGAGAUAGGGAAAGUACCAGAGGGAAGGAGUACUCCAGGAAAGAGGAGAACGAGGAUAAAUCCGUAAUUAAACCCAGAGAACGUAAAGUCGUCGAUAUGCUGACUUCCAGAACAGGAGGAGCUUACAUACCACCAGCGAAACUCCGUCUGAUGCAAGAGAGCAUAACAGACAAAUCAUCAGCUGCUUACCAACGUAUCGCCUGGGAGGCCCUCAAGAAAUCUGUACACGGUUACAUCAACAAAAUCAACACGUCCAACAUCGGAAUAAUCGCCAGAGAAAUCCUGCACGAAAACAUAGUAAGAGGCAGAGGUUUGCUUUGCAAAUCCAUAAUCCAAGCCCAAGCCGCCUCUCCUACUUUCACCAACGUUUACGCCGCCUUAGUGGCUGUAAUCAAUUCAAAAUUUCCCAAUAUCGGGGAGUUAUUAUUGAAAAGACUGGUGCUUCAGUUCAAAAGGGGCUACAAGCAGAACAACAAGUCUAUUUGCAUUUCUGCUACCACGUUCGUAGCUCACUUGGUGAAUCAACGGGUGGCUCACGAGAUUCUGGCCCUUGAAAUUCUGACAUUGCUUGUCGAGACUCCUACUGAUGAUUCCGUAGAGGUGGCGAUUUCUUUUCUGAAAGAGUGCGGGCAGAAGCUCACAGAAGUCUCGAGUAAAGGAAUAACUGCCAUAUUCGAGAUGUUGCGUAACAUCCUGCACGAGGGCCAGCUCGAGAAAAGAAUACAGUACAUGAUCGAGGUGAUGUUCCAAAUUAGAAAGGACGGUUUUAAAGACCACGCUGCUGUAACAGAGGAAUUGGAUUUGGUAGAAGAAGAGGAUCAAUUCACCCAUCUAAUCAUGCUCGAUGAUGUUAAGGAGGUUAAUGCUGAAGAUAUUCUAAAUGUAUUCAAGUUCGAUGAACAUUAUGAAGAAAACGAAGGGAAAUACAAAACUCUCAGCAAAGAAAUCUUGGGGAGCGACAGCGAGUCAGAUUCGGGAUCGGAGGGAUCUGGAGAGGAAUCCGAAGGCGAAGACGAGGAAGAAGAGGUCAAAGAUGCCGGAAAAAUCAUCGACAAUACCGAAACAAAUCUAAUAGCUCUCAGAAGGACAAUAUAUUUGACUAUACAAUCCAGUUUGGAUUUCGAGGAAUGCGCUCACAAGCUUUUGAAAAUGGAGUUGAAACCCGGCCAAGAGAUCGAAUUAUGCCACAUGUUUUUAGAUUGCUGUGCUGAGCAAAGAACAUACGAAAAAUUCUACGGACUGUUGGCUCAAAGGUUUUGCCAAAUAAACAAAAUAUACAUCGAGCCUUUCCAGCAGAUAUUCCAAGACACCUACUCUACCACCCAUCGGUUGGACACCAACAGAUUGAGGAACGUUAGCAAAUUCUUCGCUCACUUGCUCUUCACCGACGCCAUAGGCUGGGAGGUGUUCGAGAUCAUGAAACUCAACGAAGAAGACACCAACAGCUCGAGUAGGAUUUUCAUUAAAAUUUUGUUCCAAGAAUUGGCCGAGUAUAUGGGCUUGGGAAAGUUGAACGCUAGAUUGAAAGAUGAAACGCUUCAGCAACAUUUUGCAGGGUUAUUUCCUAGAGACAAUCCGAAAAAUACCAGGUUUUCCAUUAAUUUCUUCACGUCCAUCGGUUUGGGCGGUCUAACAGACGAACUUAGAGAGCAUUUAAAGAACGUCCCUAAAAUUAUGGAAACUAAAACGGCCGCUGUGAAGGAAGAAAGCGAUAGUAGCAGUAGUAGCAGCAGCAGCAGCAGCAGUAGUAGCAGCAGUAGUUCGAGCGAAGAAGAAAGCAGCGAUGAUAGCUCUGGAGAUUCGAGUUCCGAGGAUGAGAAACAAAAAUCCAAAAAGAAGAAAAAGAAACGCGACUCGGAAACUAAACCUUCAAAAUCGGAUGCUAAAAGUAAUCGUAAAGCCGAAAAGCGCGACAGUAGUAAGCACAAGAAGAAGAAGGACAAGGAAGAUCGCAAAGAAACCCAUAAAAAUAAAGAAAACAAAAGCGAUACGGAUAAGCACGUUUCAAGGGAGAAGCAAAGUUCGAGGCAAGAUAAAAGAAAAGACGACGGGGACGUUAAAGAAAAACACAGAAAAGAUGAUAGGGAGGACAGGGAGAGGCAACGGAGGAACGAAGAAAAAGGGAGUGGGAGGAAAAAGGACUAUGAAUGGAUGAAAAGUAGACACGAAGAUAACAUACAUCAAUUAAAAACUACUAAAAAAGCGUUUGAAAAACCAUCAAAGCACAGAUCGAGAUCGAGGGACAAAAUUAGCAGUAAAGAAAAGGACAGGAGGCACAGGAGUAAAGAAAGACGAAAAAGUUAAGCUUAAAUCAUCCUUAAAUUUUCAACAUUUUUCUUAUGUGACCAAUUAGGACCUUUUAACAUAUUCCUGUAAAAAAAUUUAUAAUCUCUGUUUCCGUUUUGUUCAGUAAUUUUUUUAAGUCAAAUACGCAACGUAUGUAAUUGGUUACCGCAUAAUUUAAUAAACCAUUUUUUUAUUUGUGCGAAAAUAUGCCGGUACGAAUUCAUUUCAAAUGUUCACGUAAACGUCCCUGCAAUCGGUUUCGUCUAUUUCGUCCACUCGAAUUUCCGUUCGAUGAGGGAAGUGCAGUUCAAUUAACUUUUUGAAGGUGUCCACGCAACAUAGCCCAGUCUCGUCGUGAGCUACGCCCUCUUCCCACAGUUUAUUGAAAGCUCUGUCUGUUAGGGGAUAACCAAUUUUUUCGAAUAGUUUCCUUAUAACCUCCGGUUUCCUAGGCUAAAUUAUGAUUAUUGCAUUGUGUAAAUGUUUUGGAUUGUUAUCGUACCAUAAAGAAAUCCCUGAACGUUAAUCCAUAUCUAGUGUAGAUACUAGGAUUUAUAGUUGUUUUUAUUGUAGUAAAAUUGGGUAAAGUGUCCAUGUCUGCUGUGUGAAUGCCUUCGGUUUUGUAAGGCCUCUCCAAGUCUGUUCUAAACGAUGGCAGACCAGCAGUUGGCAUUUCUAUAACACAUCAAUUUCCUCGUAUACUUCAUUAAGCGUAGUGAAUGAACUCACUUGAAUUGUCAUAAUGUUCCUUAUCAGUUGACAUCUCUUGAGUACCGGUAACGUAGUAAAGAGAAGAUUCAGGCAAAUCUGGAAUUCGCAUGUUUAACUCGUGCUUCAAUUAGCUUUUUCUUACCUUUUAUCGGCAUUAUUUCCGGCGUUCUAACGUUCGGGUCGAUCAUUUUCAGGAAGUUUUUGUAAUCGACCAUUCCCUCUUCGUCGACGACUUUGAUUAUUUUCAGGAAAGGCUGCAUGUCUUUCAUCGAGAACUGAAUGUGGUACUUUUCGCAAAGCCCGUAGAAUUUAUCCUGCGUCAUCAGGCCGCUUUUAU